GCUUCGGUCCACAAUGUGCUUAGUACAUUUUGAUUUGUUGAUUUGCGUGGUUCUUUGAAUCACUCGAGUGAGCAGCGUUGCUUUUGCAAGCGACGUAAUCAUAGAUUUUCGCUAUUAUUACCUUACGUGAGAUAUAAAAACCGUCUCAGUCAGUUUUACCAUCCACGUUGUCGCUGCAGUGUGCUUCCAACCUUCAGUAAACACGCGUUGCUCUAUCCGACGACAGCACACAUAGUUCCACCAUCGGCUGUCAUUUUGACUUUUGACUUACAUACAAAUUUUAUUUCUACUUAACUGAGCUGUUUCUUCGUGGCAUUCGAAUUAUUGGAAAAUUGUUGAAACAAAUUGCUAAAGAUUGCAACAAAUCAAAGAAAAUAUACAAAAAUAAUAAUAAUAAUCGCAACCAAAUCUAUGUGCGCAUGACGUGUGGACAAAUUUUCGUAGUGUGUUGUCGGCGAAGAGCGAUUGUUAGCUAAUUCACUCAAAACAAAAUAUUAUAUAUGUACAUAUAUUUACACAUACGUAUGUGUAUAUGUGAAUGCGUGUGGGCAACGUCACUGUCGGCACUUUUGUAUUUUGCUGCAAUUAAUAGCUUUCGAAAAACUCGAUAAAUAUUGAAAUAGCAGCAGAAGAAAGUUUUGAAGUGAUUAUAUAAAACUGGUUUGAUUGAGAAUUAUUUAUAAACUUGUGCUGACAACAACGCGACACGUUGAAUAAUUUGUGUCCAUACAUAUAUUUAUGUACGUAUGAGUUUAAUCGCUUUUGGCUAGCGUUUUAGUGCAACUAAGUGAUCACAAAGCAACGGUGCUUCCGAUUUAGUACCUCCCCUCAACUUUGUAAAUAAACAAAACAAAGUCGCGUGGUUCAACGUUAUCACUACAUAAAAUGUCACACAAGACACUCAAAUAUGCGGAAUAUUCGCAAUUUCACUUUUCAAUUGCGGAUUAUUGCGUUUUUGUGGGGAUGUUGUUGCUAUCCACGGGUACGGGUAUCUAUUUCGGUUAUAUAAGAAAGAAUAUAAAACCAGUUAAACCAACUACUAAUUUAGAGAUGAAUAAACACAAAGAACCGGAUUUUGGUUCCAAAGCAAUGAGUGAAUACUUGUUGGGCUCUAGGCGGCUGAAAGUGUUUCCAGUAGCAAUGAGUCUAGUUGCCAGUUACAUUUCGGGCGUAACUAUGCUGGGCGUACCAUCGGAAAUCUACAGCUACGGUACUCAAUAUUGGUUGAUCAUUGUUUCGGUUAUUUUAAUGGCAUUCGUGGUGUCAAGAGUUUAUUUGCCUGUAUUCACGGCUUUAAACGUUGGAUCUUCUUAUGAGUACUUGGAAAUGCGUUUCAGUUCCAGUGUACGCAGUAUAGCUUCAUUUAUGUUUGUGAUGGAUGAGAUAUUUUUCUUGCCAAUAAUUUUGUAUGUGCCGGCAAUAGCGUUUAAUCAAGUUACAGGCGUCAAUAUAUAUGUCAUAAGUGGGAUCAUUUGUGUAGUUUGCGUGAUCUAUACAUUGAUUGGUGGCAUAAAAGCCGUAGUUCAUACAGAUGCCUGGCAAACAUUGGUCAUGUUUGUUGCGUUGGUGGUUGUAGUUAUACUGGGCACGAUAGCUGCAGGCGGACCUGGACCAGUAUUUAAGCACGCCUCUGAAGGUGGGCGCCUCAUUUUCUUUAAUAUUACCCCAUCACUGUAUGAGCGACAAUCAUUUUGGGCCGUCUUGAUCGGCGGUUUCACCUACUGGACUGCCUUCAAUAGCGUCAAUCAGACCAUGGUUCAGCGCUACAUGUCUUUGCCGACAUUGAAGAGAAGUCAACACUCGAUUGUCAUCUUUACGCUGGGCGUUGUGCUUUUCUUAUCAGUUUGCUGCUUUGCCGGUUUGUUGGUUUUCGAUUUCUAUAGAAAUUGCGAUCCGCUAAAUGCUGGACUCAUAUCGAACGACGAUCAGUUACUACCCAUCUAUGUUAUGCAAACUGUUGGCCAUCUACAAGGCAUACCGGGUCUCUUUAUCGCUGGCGUUUUUGGCGCCGCGUUAAGCUCACUCUCGGUCGUACUCAAUGCAACGGCUUUGGUAUUCCUACAGGAUAUCGUGCGUGGCAGUUUUAAGAUACAACUAAGUGAACGUGCAACAAAUAUUUUGGUGAAAAGUGUUAUCGUUGUGCUGGGCACAGUAGCAAUGGCAUUGAUAUUCGUGCUAGAGAAGUUAAGUGGUAUUUUGAGCGUUGCCACCUCGGUCACCGCCAUUGCGGGUGGCACAACUUUUGGUAUGUUCACGCUUGGCAUGUUGGUGCCAUGGAGUAAUACGAAGGGUGCUUUGGCCGGUGCUGCGGCGGGUGCACUGAUGUCUGGUUGGGUGUCAUUUGGAUCACAGGCGGCGAUAGGUGCCGGUCGUAUUGGUUCACAUAAAUUGAAUGUUUCCGUAGCGGACUGUUUGGCAAAUUACACAAUACCAGAAGCGGAUUAUGGCAAUGAAGCGGACGUAUUUCCUUUAUAUCGUCUAUCGUUUCAUUGGAUAACCGUGAUUGGCGUUCUAUCAACGUUAAUAGUUGGUACUGUGGUGUCCUUUCUAACCGGACCGACGGUGUUGAAGAAGUUAGAUGCAGAGUUAAUAUCACCCGUAAUUCAUAGAUUUUUACCAAAGGAAUGCUUCCCACCACGCAAUGCAAAUCCGGAUUUUUCGCGCGACAAUACUGCUCAAACUUUCACCCAUCUCUUGGCUAACAGUGGUGAUAGUCCAAGCGAUCUGGGCAGAUAUUAAGGGAUAGAACAGGGAUAGAAACUAAGAUAUUUAGAUUUUUUUUUUUUUGCAAAGAGCAAAUUCCAAUUACUAUUAGUAUAGUCAGAGUAAACGCUAAAUUUGCACAUUUUAAGACAAGCAACUUGAUUGACAAUAACAAAAGAGCAAACAAAAACCAAAUUCAUUUCAUAAACCGUGUGUGCUGUAAAGUUAAUAAUUGUUGCAUUUUAUAGUUACUGUACUUUUUUUUAGCCAUAAUUGCGUAUGUACAUAUGUAAAUGUGUAGUGUAGGUAAACAGUUUAUAAUUAGAAAUUAAAUAUGUAGCAAAAAUUCCAAUUAUGAAUUUUAUUAUGCCUAUGUAUUUAAGUCCACUUGUGUGUAAAUAUGUAGCAAAAAUUCCAAUUAUGAAUUUUACUAUGCCUAUGUAUUUAAGUCCACUUGUGUGUGUGGAGUCAAUGUCAUUGUAUAACAGUAAAACUAUACCGGUGUAAUUCGUUCAAUUUUUGGGCAAAUAAGUAAAAAAAUGAAAAGUAAACAAAAGACAAGAAAGAAAAGUUUCCAGUACCAAGUGGGCAGUUGUGGCUGAAGUCUCUAAAGUCGAUAUAAUAGACAAGAACUAUAAAAGUAAAUGUAAAUAUUAAAGAACGAUAGGCGAAUGAAAUAAAAAAUGUAUUCUAUUUUUUCUUGUAUUACAAUAAUGUAAAUAUUAAAAAAGAACGAUAAGGUCACAAAAAUUAACUAUAUUUGUUCCACUUAUAUGUUACACUAAUUUUUAAAAUUGUGCACAAAAUACUUAAAAAUCGAUUACUUAGUUAAUUUAUAAAGACCUAUUUACACUAGAAAAUAUACAUUACAAAUUUGGAAAUCAAGAGCAAUAAAUUAAUACUAUCAACAUCAAAAUGUUGUUAUUAUAUUAUAUAAAAACAAAGCUGAUUGGAUGAUCGGUUUUUGGACCUCAAUGUUUUCUGGGAUAUUAAUUCGUUGUUUUUUCCAUAAUUAGUGUUAUUAGGUGUAUCCCAAAAAUAUAAUUUAGACAGCAUUUAAUAGACUUAUAAUAUACAGCAAAUUAUGAAGUAAUUGGACAAUAAAUUAGCAUAUAAAAACGCAAAUAUACAUACAUAAAAAAUACAAAUAUACAUAAAAACAAAUAAAAAAAAAACAUUACCAAAAAAAUGUCUUGUAAAUUUAGUAGCAUUUUCGUAAUCCUAUUCACACCUCAAUCUAUGUACGUAAUUUCUUUGAGUCAGAUUGAAAAUCAUUAAAUACUUAUGUAGUAUGUAUAUUAUAGUCGCAAAUAAAUUUAUUAUAGUCUCAAAUGAAAAAUUAUCAUAAUCAAUAAGAUAUACAAUAUGCAUAAAUGCAAUUGCGGGCCAAUUAUGAACGUCUGUGAUAACGCUUGGUAUCUGCUUUACAACUUAAUAUGUAAAUAAAAUGUCAAAACAAAAAUUAAAUAAAAAUCAUAAAUAUAAUAUUUUGAAACAUAA